GCAUAGGAACGAAGUCUUCGCUUUAUUGGUACGGAUGCUGGGCGCAGCAAUGAGAAUGAAUGAUUACUGCCCCGUAGAAUGUAUGCAUUGUAAAAAAACGUUCAAGUCGAAUCCGCUGACUUUGUCGUGACCGGCUGGUCAACUGUGUCGCUGCCCUUUUUGGCGGUACAAAGCCCGUUUCGUGCAGGACACCAACUCUGUCUUUUCACUUCUCAACACUCUCAAGUAAUCGGCCAAGGAAGCAAGGAAAAUAAGAAUGAUGAAUCUGGAAUGGACACCACGCCUAGAAAAGGCGUUUCGAAAAUUGAAUGCGAAGCAGCGAUCGUCGACGUUGUCGUUAAAUGAGGAUGAGACAAGGACAGCACAGGAGGUGGAUUCGAUGCUGGAGUUGAAAGACCCUGUCUAUGUGAACCUUGACUUGGUCAGGAGGAUGUCUGUAUUAUUGUUGAGGUACAGCGCAAGCGAGGUCGAGCAGGGCAUCAGUAAUGAUGCGUCUGAGGAUUGGAUACAUGCGAUGAUCAGGGGGAGUUCUGUAUAUGUACCCAAGCCGGCACCAAAAGAGCGAAGCCCUGAAUUAGAUCGUAUCAUGGAGGGUAUUAAAGCCCAGGUUGCUGAAAAGGAAUACCAACGCAUGAUCUCAAGUAUUGACCCGAAUGCCAGGGGAUCAAUAGCCAAUAGUCUCCGACAGGAUAUGAAGGAUAUGAAGGAUGUUAAGGCGCAUGCCAUCGGGAUCAUCAAUGUUCUCUAUACGGGCGCAGCUGUUUUCACUGCCGUGUUCAUGAUCUCGGCGCAUUUCACAGAGGACCUGGGCAUGCGCGUGCUACUGGCAUUUUUGGCAUUUGUGCUCAUCGUUGCCUGCGAGGCAUAUUUGUACUCGCGACAUGCCUCCGUCGCGGAUGCUCCGCUCAGAAAGAAGUUGCCAAGACUGCCAGACGAUGUCGUAAUUACAACCAGAACUUUUGUCAAGGAAAAGAGUUCGUAACCAUCUCGUGCUCCUUCGUUUUCCAUUUAUCCAAGUUGUAUAUUAUUUUUGCCAGCAAACAAUAAAAAGGCCAUUGGAGAACAC